UGAAUUCUUCAUGUCUGGGGCGCGAGUUUGACACGUGCUACGAUUAACCUUAAGUAUGAUACGACAUCGAUAUUGAAGAAGGCUUUACAACAAUUCAUUUUCUUUUCUGAACACGCAAACUUCUCUUGCCGAGUUGCUGUGGGGAAAUGAGGACGUUGACGAUAAUUUUUGUGUUAACCACAUUGGUGACCUUUAACAUCGGUACAGUCUUUGUUUCAGCUCGUUCGUCCCAACUGUUACACAAGAAGAGGGUUACCUUGCGAUGUCUUAAUGAUUUCAUGCUCUUGCAAAUUGACCUUCAAGAAAUCCCCAAGAUCAAACCAUCUUCACUUCAUCUACGACACCUCUCCUGCAAGCCACAUCACGUGACAAACACAACUGCUCUCUUCAAAGUACCUCUUGAAGGGUGCGGGACAACCCGAGGGACUAAUGACCGAUAUAUCAAGUUUACAAACGCGGUAGAAAAUUCGUUGUCGCUGAAUGAAUCGCGUUGGGUGAUCGUCAGACAUGUGCCCGAGUUCCACUUUCCAUUUAUGUGCUAUUACCGUCCGAAAUACAUCAUAACUGUUCAGGAGGGAGAGGGGCAUGGGACGGGAAAUGACAGUGGAGAGCAAGAAAAGCUUAAAGGUCAUGCAAACCACUCAAGCUCAGUGCCAAACGAGACCUCUUCUGCUGGAAAACUGAUGUUAUGUUUCCAUAGUACAGUGCCAGUUGUACUCUCGUUAUUGAUUGCGGCAUGCAGCUGACGAGCCAUGACUAAGGGCCAUGCAAAGACAGGGCCCCAGCUGAUACCACUGAAAAGGACUACCCUGGUUAAAUAAAUUAGUUGGGUCAUUUCGGCAAGGUCGCUAAAAUUCUAGACGUUUUGCCAGCUUUAGAUCACUGGCACCGGUUUACACACCAAAGAAUUCGCAUUAUUUCGGUCACGUACAAAAUUACACUCAAAUUGAAAGAAAACUUGAAAAUAGUAGUUUACUAAGAAUGAAAUAAUAGUAAUAAUAAUAAACCAUAAGCGAACAAGGAUAGCUAAGGAUGGAGAAGAUUGACAUGGAUUACAAAUGACGGACUAAACGUUUCAAAAUGCGCAAACUGUGACGUAAUUCCUAUAAAAGAGUAGAUAUCAUUAUUCACAGGAUAAAUCGCUAGCUAAAAGCUAGCUAAGAAAACAAAACAAAAAAGACGAAAAACUGCGUAGUUUAGGGUAAAAGUGAAAGGAUAAAUUUUUGACUAUCGCACUAAGAAACGAUUUUUUUUUUUUCAGUUAAACACAAUCUGUAUUUAUUUACCUUACCUUUUUUCGCUAAAGGAAGUUAUGUAAUUUCCUUUGUAAAUUAUAUGUAUGAGCUAAAUGGCAGGUUCUGCUUGUUUAUUGCGGAAUUUUUGUGGUAGUUUGUAUUUGUACCUGAUGAUAACUCAUGUAGAUAAGGGAAUAACAUGACUCUUUGAGGGAAUAUUGUUUAUUUGCACUCGUGUCGAGUGUCAUGAUCAUUUGCGGCCCGCGCGCGAAACACAAGGGCUGCAGCCCUUGCGCUUCGCGCGCGGGCCGCAAAUAAAGGUACAAGACGGAAGAGUAGCAAUCAUACGUCCUAAAUUGUUGAUUUGUUGUUGAAAGGAAACUUGAAAAUAGUAGUUUAGUAAGAACAGGAGCCAUAAUCGGGGAUGGAGACCGUAAG